AUGUCGAGCUCCGAGAUCCCCACGCGCCAGCAAUUGAAUAAUGGUGCCUAUACAGUAGGCAUUAUCACAGUUCUGCCCAAUGAGCUGGCGGCGGCCAUUGCGGUACUGGCCGAGGAACACGACCCCCCAUCCGACCUCGCGCAGCCUGGUGCACACCAGAACAACUAUACUUGGGGUCGUAUUGCAAAUCACAAUGUCGCAAUCGUUCAAAUGAAGGAGCCGGGAAAGGUUAGCUCUGCAGCCACUGCGAUGGCUAUGCUUACAACAAUUCCUUCCAUUCGGUUCUUCCUCAUCGUAGGCACUGGAGGAGGUGUACCAUAUCCGAACAAGAAACCCAAGGAUCAAGUUCGACUUGGAGAUGUUGUCAUCAGCGCCCCGUCCGGCGCAGCCGCCGGUGUAGUGCAAUACGAUCUCGGCAAGGAGCAAUCAAAAGAUGGCAACAGCUAUUUCCAACGUACGGGGUCGCUGGGCCCUCCUCCACGAGAGCUUCGUACUGUGCUCAAUGUCUUCAAAGCACGAAUGGUGCCAUCUCAUCUUGAUCAUAGCAUCGGACAGGUAGUGGAAAGGUUGGGUACCGGGAUCACGAGAUUCAACGAUGGUCCCUCUCCCGCGUGUCCCGGUCCGGAAAAUGAUUGCUUGUUUCCAGCCUCAUACGAGCACCAGUUGUCUAAGUCGCGCUUCUCUGCCGCAAAAUCUAGACUUUUUCAACGGUCUGACAAUUCAUCCCAGCAAGAGCUCAAAGAUUGUCAGUUUUGCAACCGAAACAAAGCGGUGGAACGAGGAAACCGAGACUCAUCAUGGACGCCGGAAAUCCACUACGGCCUCAUUGCUUCUGGAGACAAAGUCAUCAAGAAUGCGGAAGUGAGAGACAGUGUCGUCAGUCAACUACGUCAGAAAGAUGUCGGAGAGUGUUUGUGUUUUGAAAUGGAGGCGGCUGGUCUCAUGAACGACUUUCAAUGCUUGGUCAUUCGAGGCAUCAGCAACUACGCUGACACUCACAAGAAUGAUACGUGGCAAGCUUAUGCUGCUGUAACGGCAGCUGCAGUCGCGAAGAUGCUGCUUCAAUUGAUCGAAGCUCCCGAGCUCGCUUGA